AUGGGGGUGAAACACAAGGUGGCUACCGCUUAUCAUCCCCAGACGAGUGGACAGGUUGAAGUUUCCAACAGGGAGGUCAAGAACAUUCUCCAGAAAACUAUCAAUACCUCGCGCAAGGACUGGUCGCUUAAGCUGAACGAUGCCCUCUGGGCCUACAGAACAACCUACAAAACGCCGCUAGGGACCACCCCCUAUCACCUGCCAGCAACUGAGAGGCGUAUGAUCCAAGUCCAUGAGCUGGAAGAGAUAAGGCACCUCGCCUAUGAGAGUUCAAAAAUUUAUAAGGAGAAUACCAAAGCCUACCAUGACAAGCGAAUCAUUGCCAGACGUUUCGAACCAAAUGAUAAGGUCUUGCUCUUCAAGUCUAGACUUAGGCUGUUCCCAGGCAAGCUGAAAUCAAGAUGGUCAAGACCCUUCACCGUUAAGGAAGUCCGACCUUACGGAGCUGUUGUGUUGCUGGACAGAAACGGAGACGAGUUCGUCGUCAAUGGUCAGCGCAUCAAGCAUUACCUUGCUGACUUCACUAUCACAGAGGGUGAAGAAAUUCCCCUAAGCGAUCCACCAUCAACCUGA